AUACUACCCGACCCAUAAUUGCGAGUCCAUGCGACCCGAAAGAUGGAUAAAUGCCAUUUUGUUAUUUUGUUACAGGUGACUGAGCUUCAAGAAUACAGUUGAAGAAUCGUUGCAUUGUUGAUGUGUUGAAGACAAACUUUCUUCAAAUGAGUUGUUGUUGUUGUUGUGUUCAUUUCUAAUUGUAGCAAUUUAACGAACUUGUUCGAUUUGGGUGGAUUUAUUGUAAAUAUGGACAAGGUAUUGGAAUUUGGGAGGAAAGCAAUGUUGUACGUUAGGGUUUUAUCUGGGUACGAGGAACAUCGCAUCCGAUCUUACAGAUUGCACUUUCAAAAGCGUCUCCAACAGGCAGAGGAAAAGAAGGCAGCCUUGAAAAGGAUCCCAGAACAGAUUAUUUUAUCAGAGGUUCGCUGUAUGGUUAAGGAGAUGCAAGCUUUAAAUAGCAAGUUAGAAGAAACAGAGGCGGCUAUUGAUGAGUAUUUUAAGCCCAUCGAUAAGGAAGCUGAGAUCAUAAUGAAAAUGCAGCUUGAAGGAGAGGAAAAAUCAAUGAGGGAGAUGAUGAAAGUAAUGCAAACACAGGCUUUGCUUGAGAAAGCUGAAGCAGAUAGAAUUGCAAAUGUGAAAAAUGUAGAAGAGAUAAACCAACAUGUCAAAGAAGAAACAUCCUCUUCCACUACACCUGUUGAAGUAAGAUGAUUCCACAUAACAUUGACAACAACAUAUUUAGAAUUUAUAUUAAUAGUUCAUCCCUCUCUUCUUCUCGUUUCCCUUUUUGUUUAUUUUUUGGGCUUUCUUUUGAGAUGCUUGUUAAGUUUGAUAUGAGUUUGGCAAUGCCAAGGACAGGGAGCCCACCUUCCCUAAUUUGAAUUUUGCUUUGAUAAGUGUUCCCCAAUUUGAAUUAGGGGCCACAUAUAGCUUGUCAUAAAUCAACAUAAUCAUUUCUUUGAUACAAUGGAGAUAUUUUACAUUAUGCAACAUAAUUUUAAUGUGGAUUGUUAGCUCCACUUUUUAA